GAGUCUGCGCCGGCCGUAUGCGCACUCGUUCUGUCUAUGAAGGUGUUAGGGAUCUGAUAGGUUGGCGACGAUAGUACAGUCGUAGCGGCUACGGGGAGUUUUUCCCUCUGUCGCUAGUGAGCGCAAUAAACGAUUAAACCCAAGUCAAAAAUAGGUGAUAUGACGGUACUUGUUGGAUAAUAUAUUCCUCAGGUGGGAGAGAUUUUUUUUAGGAGAAGAAAACCGUUUUCCUUUUAAUGAUGUUUAUUGUUAUUUACAUUAUGAUAACUCUAUUGGAGAAAACUCGGACAUAGCUGAUGGGGGAUUUACAAUAGUAAUGUGAAAGUGUGGGGAAUGUAAGUGCGGAAUCAAUCAGUCAACACUCCCGGUAUAAUACUGGAGGCCAACAUGAAGUAAGAAAAAAAGCCGUAAAAAACGACCGACUGUCAAAAUAUUUAGUCUGUGUGAAGUCAUACAUAUUGUUAUUAUGGAACCUCUUUUUAACGGAUAUCAGUCGGGCGAAAACAUGUAAUAAAUACAUGUAUGUAACCUUAUGUCUGCUACACAGAACCUGAACGCAGGGAAAAGAACGAUAAAAUAUUUUUCAUAAUCGGCAAUUGCCUCGGAUUACAGGAACAUUUUCGAUGGCGCCGCUGUUCGAACAUUUCACAUACAUUAUGACUGAUAAUGCGUUUGUCGAAACUUUAAAAGGUAUAUGAAACGGUGUAGAGCGUAAUAAAAGUGCACCAUGAUAAUCACUUUACGAAUAUGCAUGGCCGACUCUGAAUCGAUUAAAUACUGACUUGUUUAAAUCAAAGAGAGUGGGGGUAAACCGUUUGCGCCGUUCAUGGUCAUGAAUUUACAAAGAAUGUGUAUCUGCAUAUUUUUUGUAUUUUGUUAAAUAAAAUUAAGAGAACAGAAUGGUUCUUUUUAAAGAUUAUGAAAAGACAUAGAUAUUUAAAAACUUGCACCGUUUGAUCCUGGGCAUCACGUGGUAUUGUCAUGUGACCUAAAGUUUUAAUUUUAAUAUUAUUUAAAAAGGGAUCUGCAGAAGAAGAUACGCGUUUUUGGUGUGGUUCGGAAUUAAAAAUAUAAAAUAAUGGUGAAUAGAUGUACGUUAUUGUUUGAAUUAACAGACAUUGAGGUUUAUAAAAAGCUGAUAAUAUAAAAACUCGUAUUGGAUAUGAACGUUUACAUGUAUGAAAACGAAAGACCUGCGAAGCUACUAUGGUUACACGAAAUGUUGGAAUAAUUAACAAUUUUGUUGGAUUUUACUGGUGUUUUAUUUUAUUAAUUAUCAUGGGAUUUGGAAGUGUGCAGUCUCAAUUAUCAGGAAGUUUCGCAUCAUGUAAAAAUGAAGGAGAAAUUGUUGAAGUACGAGGCAUCUCAGAAAACCCGUGCAUCACGUGCAUAUGUAUGAAUAAAAUUAUUAAAUGCACGCAGACACAAUGUCCGAGUACGGAGGGAUGUCAUGUGAUAUUGUUUGACAGUUUUCGCGAGGAGCGAAAAUGCUGCGAAGUAUGUAAAGGAUGUGAUUACGAGGGAAAAUCGUACAACAGUAGCACAAGUUGGACAGAUGUGAACGACUCGUGCACCCAGUACACGUGCAGGGCCUCCGUGGUAACAAAAUUCAAAACUCAAUGCUAUACACCGUGCUAUGACCCAGUUCCCGUACCCGGACAGUGCUGCCCGUCAUGUAAAGGAUGUUAUUUUGACGGCAGAAAAUUUUCAAAUGGAGAUAAGUUCAAUUUAUCAACAGAUCCGUGUGUCCAUUGCUCAUGUCAGGAAGGUAGUGUGUCUUGCGUGAAAGCGACUUGUCCAGUGUUAAACUGUCCUACAGAAAACAUUUAUAAUGUGACUGGCGAUUGCUGUCCAAGAUGUCGAGGUGAAAGAAAAAUCUAUAAUCUACCAGGUGGGAGGUGUUUCUACCAGAAGAAAAUAUAUAGUAAUGGGAGACAAUUCCGUCCGGAUAAGUGCACGAGAUGUGCGUGUAAGGAAGGCACGUCUGUAUGUGAGAGGGAAACGUGUCCACAUCUUUCAUGUACCGAAGAACAGAGAGAGCACGUGCCAAACUCGUGUUGUAUGAAAUGUCCCGAGAAGAAACAAUGUCUGUACAACGGAAUAUUUUAUAUGCACGAACAACAGUGGAAGCCUGACACGUGCACAACGUGCGAUUGUGAUAAUGGCGUCACUCACUGUCAGACUCAACAUUGUAACAACGCCCUCUGGUGUCCACAGGGGUUUACACUACAGUUUGAUGACACGGAGUGUUGUCCUAGAUGUGUAGAAUCUCGAGCGGUAUGUACAGUGUAUGGUGACCCGCACUACAGAACGUUUGACGGAAGAAUGUUCAAUUUCCAGGGCCCUUGUAAAUAUAUUUUAACUGAAGACUGUUUUGAAAAAUCAUUUUCCGUGCGGGUACGAAACGACGCGAGGACGAGUAGCAGCUUUACUUGGACGAAAAUGGUGGUGAUAUUUAUACAUAACAUUAAAAUCAAUUUGCAUAAGAAUUUACGGGUAAAGGUGAAACGAAAAGGAGUCAAGUUGCCAUACAAACAUAAUGAAAUACCAAGUUUUACUAUCGAACGCAGAAACGACAUGGUAGUGUUUAAUUGGUCUAGUGAUUUGACAGUCACGUGGGACGGAGACAGUUUUGUUGAUAUAUCUGUUUCUAGUAGAUACAAACGAAAACUUUGCGGUUUAUGUGGUAACUUCAACGGACUCGGAUUCGAUGAUCUCACAGGAAAAGAUGGCCGCCAAUAUUUUACCGGUGAGGAAUUCGGAGAAACGUGGCGUUAUGGAAGUCGUAGCGCAUGCGUGAUUAAACCGGAAGUUCCUCCAGAAUCUCAAUGUUUGAACAAUACUAUAGCAAAUCUACGUGCAAAGAAGGAAUGUAGCUUUCUAUUAGGAUCUGUCUUUCAUAGAUGUAGGAGACAAGUUGAUGUUCGUUCAUAUUAUAGCUCCUGUAUAACUGACACGUGUGAAUGUCCGACGGACAAAAGAUGCGAGUGCGAGGCAUUUCGAGCAUAUGCACGCGCAUGCGCUCAAGAUGGUAUUCAUAUAAACUGGGAAUCUGUUGCUCCUUGUGCCGCUGAAAGCAAAUGCCCAGUAGGGUCAAAGUUCAAAAAGUGUGCCACACCAUGCCCUAAAACGUGUGAAAACUACAACAAAAUAGAACCAUGUUUAAAACCGUGCAUUCAAGCGUGCCAGUGCCGAUCCGGACUAGUUUUACACGAGAACGCGUGCAUAGCACCAAAUAAAUGCCCGGCACGUAGAUGACGCCAUUAGAAAAUUAGUUCGUUUUAUCAUUUUAUUUAAAAAUUUCUUUUCAUUCGUUCUAUUAUUUAUAUAUGUAACAUUUGUGCAGGACUUAAGCACCAUUUGCGUUUUAACAGAUUUUCAUUUUUUUUUUCAGCUGAACAAUUUUUGUAAUGUUUACGUUAGCUGAUUCGUCAGAAAGCGUCAGUACAUUAAUUUUAUAAUAGUGCUAUUACUAGAAAAAAAUCCCCACAAAACAUUGUUUUCAUUGUGGUGACACCGCUUGAACUCGUGUUUUAUAUUAAGACAUAUUAUGCAUGGUUUAAAAUAAAGUAAAUUAUAUUUUAUGAAUAUUUUUUCUUACUGUCACUCAUUAGUAAAUGUUUUUCCUUUUUCAUAUAGCUAGAAGAAAUCUUAACGUAAAUGUUUCACAAUGAAACGGAAUACAUUUAUUUUCAAGGGUUGUUCCUUGGAAGGUUUCUGAAAUCAACAUUUUUAUUUAUUUCUUUCAUCACUGCAGUUUAAUUAUGUGUUAUUUCUGGGACUUUAAA